CGGAAAAGAGUUUCUUGCCAGAAGUGUGAGGAAAAAGUUGUUAUCGAUAACAAUUGCCCGGAUCGUUCUUGUCCAGUCCAGCUUGCUGAUUUUCAAAUUAUUUUCACAUUUUUUCCCGGCUGUUUGUGUUGCUUCAUCCUAGUUUCUUUUGUCCUAACAAUGGAGUCCAAUCCUCUAGCAAAGAUCAAUAUGAUGAUAUUCGACUAUUUCGCUGAAUGGAAGAAUCCGGAGAAAGGAGAUUCAGCUCCGCUGCGCCCGCGACGCUGCGGCGAGAUCAUUCGGUACCACAUUGAUGGUUUUGCCGAAGGCGGCGACCUGAGCAUUGCCACAAACGCUCAGUACUGGGAGAGCUUCUGCAACCGGCUGGGCUGUAAGUUGCGUCGCAACGAAGACCACCUCAUGGAGGAUCCGAAGCAGCGCGAGGACUUGAUCGACCUCUCCAGGAAGGGCCUGAUGCCGAUAAAGGAUACGAUUAAGUUGCCGAGAGAGCGCUACGCUUUGAGACUCGAGCGCGCUCCGGUAGUCCGUUACGUGGUGACAUCCAUACUCAAGCAGGGCCUGAGCUACGGGCGUCCCGAGAAGUCCAAGAGGUCGCUCGUCUUGUCCCUGAACCUAGGCGCUAGCCUGGGACAGCCCGAUGGACCGACUGAGCUGCGUCGCUACCGCCUCAAGCAGCUGUACGAGAUUGUGAAGCGCCUGGUGGAGUGCUCCAACUGGCACAUGCUGACUGCCGGAAAUGCCCAGCCGGACACCGUCCUGGUGAACGUGGAGUCGCAGCGGUGCAGCCUGGAGCAGCGUCGGGCCCAUGUCUGCCUGGUCAGUGGACCCGUUCUGGAGCCGGGCAACAAAACGGCCACCGACAUGGACCUGGACACCUACUUGAACAUGCGCUCCACUCACAUGCGCCUGAUGGCCCUGCACCGCAGCGGCCUGCGUCCGGCCGGCAGCUGCAGCCUGGACACCCUCAUGCGCCGCCUGGGAGAGGCUGCCGUCAUUGUGGACCUGUUCUCGGUCCGCCACGCCUCCGCGGCGUGCGUGGUGCGCAACGGCAUGGGCAGCUCCAAGGGCGCCUCGUACAUCCUGUACAACUCGGCCCGGGUGGAGACUCUGCUGCGCAGCUUCGACAGCCAGGUGGCUGCCGGUGUUUAUGACCCCUUGCCGCCGCUGGAGGAGAUUGAUCUCAGCAUUCUGGAGGACGAGAUGGACUGGCAGCUGAUCUUCUCGUGCCUGCUCACCUUCCCCGAGGUGCUGGAGACCACCAUUGACCAGCUGGAGCAGGGCCAUGUGGGCAUCCACCUGCUCAUCCGUUACCUGGAGAACUUGGCCACUGUGUUCAGCCGUUACUACCGUCAGAAGAAGGUGCUCGUACAGAAGCGCGACCAACUAGUCCCGAUCCUGUACGCCAGGAUCACUCUCGUCAUGGCUGUGCGUCAGGUGAUGAACCAGGCUCUGUCCCUUCUGGGAAUCCUGCCCGUUGACUACGUUUAGGCAUCCUUUAGGAUCUAAAAAACAAAGAAGAGACAAGACUUCCAUUAGACUAGGGCACUGCCCACAGAGAGGCUUUAUCGGGGAGGCUGAUCCUCUCCCUUAGCAUUUAAAUACAAACACAUACAUAUAUUUUUAGAGUGUACGCCUCGCGUACUCCUUGUAAGAAAUCCCUCCAUCGACGAUAAUCAAAGAUGUUGUUUUUUGUUUUUUGAAUAAAGACCUGUUUAUUCACCU